AUGGAUAUGGAUGUGUAUAUGAUCUUGAUUUCUAAAGAAUCGGAUGAGAAACAUAUUUCUACAAGUAUAGACCCACUUGAUACACAACAUGAUAUCACGUUUAGAAGUAAUCUAGAAGACUUUGAGGAUUUAUAUAAUCGUGUGGUGGUUCAUGAAAGUGCUAGGCAAGUUCUUCGAAAUUCCGGCCUUGCUAGAUUUUUUGAAAUUAGAAUUAAGAGAGAUGAUCAACAACUAGCUUAUGCAAUCAUAGAGAGGUGGUGGUAUAGAACCAAUUCGUUUCAUUUCCCAAACUUUGAAAUUGGUUUCACCCCUUUAGAUUUUGUUCACUUAACCGGAAUUCCUAUUGGAAAUGGUUGUAGAAGAUUGGAACACGCCGCUACAAGUAAAUGGAAAAGUAUAGAAAAUCAAAAACUAGAGGAUACCUACUUUAGACCUAUGGAUGGGUAUGCACACUACAACAAGCACUCACCUGAAUUUCCUAUUAUUUGUCUCGCAAACUAUAUCAAGGACAAUCCAAUUAAUGAUGAAAAUUGGGAGAUUGUGACUCGAUACUUCUUAUUAUGGGUGAUUUCAAAAGUUUUAAUGGCACGUACCACUACAAGAGCAAGCAAAGGUUGGAUCGCUUCCUUGCGUGAUUUGAAUGCGAUUGGUAAUUAUGAUUGGGGUUCGGCUUGUUUUAGUCACUUGUAUAGUAGCAUGAGUGCGGUUGCUAGAGGUGGGAAAAACAUGUGUGGAAUGGCGAUGGUUUUAGAACAUUAG